ACAGCUCAGAGUUUACUGAGCAUGAGGAAUCAGACCGACUCCCUGCAGCUUUAAGCCGCUUCACUCCGCUUCUCUCUGCUCUGGAUCAGAAGUCAGACCCGUUUCACUCUCCCCGAGCUCAAGCAGCGCUCAGCGCGUGUCUGCAGGUUUACAGCCCCCGCCCCCCCCCUCUCACCUGGGGACCCGACACAGUAUUUGACUUUCACCAAACUGGAUUCCCGGAGCUCCUCGCCAUGUCUGCCCGGGUUUAGAUUCUCCAUGGAGCUCUCUAACUUGUAUGAGGUCGCGCCCCGGCCCCUGAUGAGCAGCCUAAGCCACGGCCAGCAGCCCUCCUCCGGCUACAGAGAUCCGGCCGAACUCGGCGGUGAGAUCGGAGACAGCGAGACCUCCAUCGACCUGAGCGCCUACAUCGACCCGUCGGCUUUCAACGACGACUUCUUGGCUGACCUGUUCCACCACAGCUCCCGGCAGGACAAGCUCAAGAUCAUGAACGGAGAGUACGACUCGGUGACGUGCGGCCCGGGGUCCCAGCAGCUCUACAUGUCCAACUACAUGGAGUCCAAGCUGGAGCCGCUCUACGAGCACAACCCGCCGCGCAUCCGACCGGUGGCCAUCAAGCAGGAGCCCCGGGACGACGAGGACCUGAACCCGGGCAUGCCUCCCACAUACCACCACCCGCACCCGCAUUCCCAGCAGUAUUCCCAGCAUUCCCAGCAGCAGCAGCAGCAGCAGCCACACCUCCAGUACCAGAUUGCGCACUGCGCGCAGACCACCAUGCACCUCCAGCCGGGCCACCCGACCCCUCCGCCGACCCCGGUGCCCAGCCCCCACCAGCACCACCACCAUCACCAACACCCGCACCAGCACCAGCACCAGCAGCAGGGCGGCAUGAAGCUGCUGGAGCACCAACGGGGAGGCGGGAAACACAAGAAGCACGUCGACAAGAACAGCCCGGAGUACCGGCUGAGGCGCGAGCGCAACAACGUGGCCGUGCGCAAGAGCCGGGACAAGGCCAAGAUCCGCAACAUAGAGACGCAGCAGAAGGUGGUGGAGCUGACCACCGACAACGACAGACUGAGGCGGAGGGUGGAGCACCUGACCCGCGAGCUGGACACGUUACGGGGCAUCUUCAGACAGCUGCCGGACGGAUCCUUCAAACCCAUGGGCAGCUGAGAGACUGCAGACCCGGACUGGAACCAGACUUCAGAUGGAAUGGUACACUGCUGGAUUUAUUCACACAAACGGCUCUACAUGUCUUCACCUGUCUGGGGAGACUGAGAGGAGUCCGAGGCAGCUGAAGCGUUCACUGCAAAAAGAUCCGUCUAAAGAACUCAUCUGGUCUCUAACGGGUCCGGAACUCUUUCCUCUUAAAACAUAAGAAAACAUCUGCAAGUGUUUCUGUAUAUUAAAGUGAAAAACAUCUGCAGACCAACAUCCUGAACCUGUAAGAGUUUUUAUGUAACACAAGGACACUGAAGCCAACAGGUGAGCCAGUUUCUCCUGUUACAAGAGUUUUCUAGAAAAAAAGUGACAGAUGAUGAAACUGGACACAUUUUUACUGGAAGCAGGUGAUUUAAUUUCACCCUCAUCUCAUUGGCUGAUCACUUUUCACCUGUCCUGUGUGGACUCAGAGACAGACCCACUUGUUCAGACUGUAUUUUCUGCGGUGUUCAUGUGCCUUUUAAAACUUUUGUGAAAAGCCGAUAAGCUCGUUCUCGCUGCAGACACAGAGGACUGGUUGUUUUUGUGCCUUACUUCCAUACAGACUGAGUGCACGACACACUCAACUCACAUAUCAGUGCAGCUAAGGUAGGGCAUGGAGGGGGUGAUCCCAAACCAGCCUGUUGUGCAUGUUUUUCCUUAAGUAUUUUUUCUUUGGUUUAUAUAAGUUACCACAUGAUGAACUAGAUUUUGUCUUAUAGAGCUAUGAAAUGCAAAGUGCACACUGCUUGCAUAGGCUAAACUGUAUGUAUGUUAAUUUUCUGCCUGCAGAGACAGUAAUGCGUCGAUGUUAUGCUCAUUUCCUUCCUUCCUUCCUUGUUUCUCCACAUGAAUAAGGCUCAGGGCCGUCGGCCCGCUCUGGUACGCCUCACAGGUUUGAGAUCUGUUUGAUGGUACGGGUGGGUGAUAAAUAGAUAAUCUCACGAUAAUGAGCACAUGCAUUAUCUACACAACAGUUGAUAAAAAGUUGAUGGUAAAAGUUGUGAAAGUUUAAUGUUUUAAGAGACAGAAAAGGUGUUUGAGAUGUCAGUCUGCUGCAGAUUUAGGUAAAAUGUGACUUUAAAACUGUUUUAAGGAGUAAAAGCUCCAAAGCAUUGCAAAAAGCCUCUCUAAGUUUGAAUUAUGACUCCAUAAAAUGGAUCGUCUUCCCGCUCAUCUUCUCUCCUUUUGUUCCCUAAAAGUUGAUAUUGUGGAAAUACAGUGCUUGUCGCCUGUAUGAAUAAUAAUAACUGAGUUAUCGCCGUCCAGCUCUGCGUCUGGUGAUUAAAUGCCAAAGUGAAAAAUCCAAACACAAACAAACAAAAAAGACUGGAAUUGAACCUGUGGUACCUGCUUCAUCCUGUCACUGUCCGCUGAAAACCAGAUAUCUCCAAACCUGCAGGGCUUGUUUGUUUAAAGCUGCUUUAUUAAUACAUUUUUUUAAAAAUAUAAAAGAAAAAUGAAAACUGCAGAAAAUUGCAUCUUUUGACAGAGUCUGCAAACUUGGAGACCUGAGGGUUUUUUCAGAGGACAGCAGCAGUAAAAGCAGCUUUGUCGUAUGCACUAUUUGUUGUCAAAUGAAGCACAUUGUUGUCUUUGACACAUGGGUACUGAUCUGAAAAGAAACACGCCUCGCUCUACAUUUGUGUAUUUAUGUGUAACUGAUUUAGAGAGAAAAACAAACAAAAAACGAAAUGUGAAAAGGGUUAUGCAACGUGUCUCUUCCUCUUUUAGUCUGUUGAAUCAUCUCUCUCACACACACACACACAAACAGUGCCUUCUGAUCCUCUGAGAUGACCUUUGACCUCUUGCUGAUCUGCUCAUCAUCGCUCUGUUGAGGAAGAUUUUUUAAAGAUGAUGAUUUGUGUCAGUGAGGAAAAAGGAAGCACUUU